CCUCCAGCCUGUACUGUCGUCGGCUUGCCCCUCUCCUGCCCCCAUCUUAGAAUCCGGCUGCGUGAAAGUGAACUUGUACUUACACCUCAAGGCCUUGCGAUCUAUCCCGGAGGGCUAGUUUCACCAUGUGUAGGCUGCACCCCCCGACACAGCCUGGGAAUGGCGUUCAUGGGAGGAGGCGGAGCGUCGACGUCGGGGGCCUGUCGCUCGCGAUGCAGGGAGAGGGCUACGGGCACGGAUGGGGAGGCUGGGAGGAAAAUGAGAUUGGGGAGGUCCGCUACGCGGAAUUACUGAGCGAUAUGUAUACAGCUACUAGAAAUGCCGCCACUGGUCAGGAUAUUGAUGUGCCGCCAUUGGAGAUAUCAGACGAGACCAGGAAUCACCUCAUACGGUUACUCGACAAAUGGGAUUUUGAACCGCAUAAACUUUCCGAAGAAGAAAUGGUCGCUUGUAGCCUUAUCUUGUUCGAGGCAUUGCUCCGCGUGGAGGGUAUGCGUGAUACCAUUGGUGUAUCAAUGGAUGAACUGUCUUCUUUUCUCUCUCACCUCAGGCGCGUCUAUCGCACGCAGAACUCCUAUCAUAACUUCCAACACGCACUGGACGUCCUUCAAGCUACGCACAUGUUCCUCAGCUCUGCAAACAUCAUCCCUCAUGUAUCAAUACUCCUAUCUGACGAACACCAAUGGCAACCUACGAAGACUCGCCUCAACUGUCACUUAUCGAAGUUAACGAAUCACGAUCUUUUGGCGCUAUAUCUGGCGGCAAUAGGACAUGACGUUGGACAUCCGGGAUAUUCGAACGCAUUUCUGAGAAACGCCAAAGCUCCGUUAUCAGAGGUGUAUGAUGGUAAAUCUGCCCUGGAGAAUCUCCACUGCGCUCUACUUUUGCCUAUCAUGCGCCGCCAUGGCCUAGGCCAUCUCUUGGACCAUCCCGCCUCUGGGUCGUAUUUCCGUGAAUUGCUGCUGAAAACGGUGCUUGCAACGGAUAUGAGCGUCCACGGUGAUUUCAUGCGACGGUUCAAGCAACUCUCUGAUGGCGAUUUGCACGUUAACGAGCAAGAAGAGAAGAUUCUGAUUUGCCAAGCUGUGGUGAAAUGCGCUGACAUCAGCAAUCCUUGCCGGCCAGUCUUGGUAUCCCAACAUUGGGCGGCAGCCCUGGGGAUGGAAUGGACGAAUCAAGCCAUGCUCGAGAAACAGCUUGACCUUCCAAAAACAGUUUCCCCUGCCGAGGACCCUCUCAUGGAGGCCAAGUCGCAGGUCUUCUUCAUCGACACAUUCGCUCUGCCGCUUUUCACGCUUUUCUCCGACACUUUGCCUGAUAUGGAUCCCUACACUCGAAAUUGUGCGGAAAACCUUGCAUUCUGGCGUGCGAGAUGUUCAGCGUUGUCGUCGGCACCUCGAAUUGCCGAACCAUCUCCCGCGACACCUUCACCCAACGCAGGAGUUAAACUCCGACCUCCUUCUCCUGCUCCCUCCGUCGCCUCCGUCUCGGAGGAGUUCCUGAACGCCUUCCCUCUGGCUCUCCCCACUGUACUAUUUUCACCGCCCGAUGAGGAGCUCGAGUCGUCGAACUCCGCUCGUUCCCGCUCUCCCAGUCCGAGCCGGACCCCCGUCAGCACGACGUCGGAACCGACCUACCUUCGCGCACGCACCCCUUCGCCUACGCCUUCCAUGCCAGGUGCCUGGCCUUCUACGCCUCCGGGAACACCACCUCUCUCUCCUGAUUCACCGCGUACCCAAACUCCUCGCUCGGACACCUUCUCUUUCCCGGCUGUCCAUCUGCGGACGAUCAGCGUGUCGAGCUCGGCCAGCGUCGCGUCUCACGGCACAUCACAUAGCGGCCUGACGUCAGGCGGAAACGCUGCGAUACGAACUGCGAACGACAUGGGUCUCCGAACGAAGCAAAGCCUCAAGAACUUCCACCGAUAUCGUAACUCGUGGAGCGCUUCACGUUUCCUCGACUCCGAGCCUGGUCCAACUUUGCCCGCGCUCAAUACCAAGGAUAGCAAGGCUCCCUGCGAAGGGGUGCCUCCGAACCACUUCGACGGGGGAGAACCUCCUGUAACGAACACGUGCUUUCCCGUCGUCGCCGCACCCCCGCUGUCGCUCGAGACCGGAUUGAGGUCGACUCCGCCGACAAGAAUCACCACUGCGUCAGGAUAGCAGGAUCUGUCCUUCCCGUGGUGCGAGGUUUCUGUACAUAGAUUCUUGCCUAUAUUUUAUUUCCCGUUUUCCCGUGCUUUCGGCGUUGCCUCGGUGUUUCCUCUCUCUGCCAAGAAUGUAUCUUGAAUACCCGGCUUGCAACAUCACUGUAGUAGAAACGGACGGGUGCUGCGUACCCAUGUGCAUCUUGUAUCAAUGAAUAACGGCUCGGUCGGUGAUUGAAU